AUGCGCUCAAAAUCACCUCGUCCUGCUCCAACUACAUCAUCUGGUAUGGCUUCAACGGUUGAUCGAGAAAUCAUUCAUCACGAUCCAAUGCUUUCACCGAUCGAAGAGGUGCAAACUCCUCGCCCGGAUGAUCAUCAACAAAUUCAAAUUCCGAUGAUGACCGCUGUGCCCAUCAAAGAGACCACUUUCCCUGUAACGAAGAGAAGAGAAAGUAUUCCUUUUGUGCCUCCAAUUCCUCCAGGACAUCACAGUCUUUUGGUGAACACGGACACGAUUCACGCUGGAUCUUCGUAUCCGGGAAUGGUAUCAGCUCGUGAUGAACCCUCCCCACAACAAGGGAUUCGAAUAUCAGGCGAUGGCCGACCAAUGACCACCUCCAAUCAACAAUCACUACCUCGGAAACCGCAAACCGGUGCUGGGAAGAGAAAAGAAACACAGGUA